AUGGAAGAGUAUAAACAAAAAGAAAUAGAAUACAAUCGAUGGGAAAAAAGUUAUAAAGAAUUUCAGGAAUACUUAGAUAAUAAAAGCAAUGAAAAAAAGCAAUUAGAACAAAGACUAAAAGAACUUAAGGAACUAUAUAAUAUAUUAACUAUACCAAAAAUCCCAAUUCGGGAUGAUAUUAAAAUGGAAAAAGCAUUAACCCCUUUCAGUAGUCUCCUUCAUAAAUGGUAUGAUAUUGAUCUUGAUGAUUAUGAACUUUUAUUUCCAAAGCAAGACGAGACAAUAGAAACUAGUAUUAUUAACUUGGACCAUGUUAUGAUUUGUAUUGUGACAACAGAAAAUAAGAUUAUUGGUAUUUAUCUUGAGUCUGAAUUUACAAGUGAAGAAGAAAUGAAUGUAUCGCUGUUCAAUCUCACAACAACAAGUUCAUUUCCUUCUAACUCCACUUUCAAAGCAAAGGUAAUAAGUCAGGGUAAUUCACUUACUAUUCAGAAUGAACUUGAAAUCAAAGGUAAGGAAUUGAAGUUAUUCACUCGAAGAAAUGGAAUUAAUGAUACAAAUACUAUAGAAGCUAUAUCCAUUCUUCGUUUCUCUUAA